CAGAUGAUUUCCCAGCGAGCGGAGAGUGAUCAUCAAUAAAUAAAUCACUUAUACCAGGUCUUUAGUCGACGGACAGUUCUCGCAGCCUCGUUACGCGGUCCUCCGCUGAUUUUCUAAUCCAGCUCGUCUUUUAUAACUGCGAAGACAUGUCGACGACAGCGCUGGGCAUUAGUGGCCUGUUCAUGGUGGGCUGCUGUGCCCUGGCCCAGAUCGCCCGGGUAAUCAGUCGGCGAAUGGUGACUCGUGAGGGCAUUGUUCCCAUCCUGAUCAACGAGGCCAUCGCCGCCGCCGAGCUGUGCGCCUGCUGCUUUGAGCUGAUCAUAGUGGCCGACAACUUUGGGGUGUCCAUGUACGCCAUCUGCCUGUUCCUGCUGACCAUCUGGUGGGGCCGGGUGUGGGGCGACGCCUCCGCCUGCCCGUACACCCACAUGGAGGACGUGCUGGAGGGUCGCACCAGCUUCAAGGAGAUGGCGCUGCGCAGUUGGGCGGAGCUGAUGGGCGGAUGCUGCGUCUACCGGGCGGUGCAGCUCUUCUGGUGGCUGGAGCUGGCCGAGACGCACCGCGGCCGCGCCUUCGAGGCCUGCAAUGCCGACCUCCAGGUUAGUCCGUAUUUGGGCGCGGUCAUCGAGGGCGUGGCCACGCUCCUCUGCCGACUGGCCUCCAAGACGAUCAACGAAAAGGAGCCGCGCUUCGGCAGCUACAUUGACUCCUUCAUCGGCACCAGCUUGGUGGUGGCAGCCUUCAACUUCUCCGGCGGCUACUUCAAUCCGGUUCUGGCCACGGCCCUCAAGUGGGGCUGUCGCGGUCACAGCCACCUGGAGCACAUCAUCGUCUACUGGAUAGGUGCCUGUGCCGGGGCCGUGCUCUCCAUUCCGGUCUUCAAGCUUCCCGCAGUGCGACGCAUCCUUCUCGGCGAGGAGGCGGGCUCCAAGUCGAAGCGGGAAUAAGCUUCCGUGAGAGUAUUUCAAAUAUCUGUCAAUAUCCAGAAAGAUUUACGAUUCUACGUGUGCUAAAUGAAAAACAAAAUAACGAUGUAGUUGAGGGCCCACUGCUUAUUUAUUUUCCUGCUUUAAAAGUAUGUUGCCAACCCAAAAGGCAUGCAAGGGAAAUUUAUGAUCAAAAUCUACCUUUUUUAAAAAUCUUCUGAUAUCUUUUUAGACGUUUAAAACAAAAAUUAAUCAGACUGAAUGGAGUUUCACGUUUAAACUGACACAAUGACAUGAACAAAUUGACUAGGUAACAAAUAACAUAAUACUUUUUGAGGUCAGAAAAACUUCAAUUCAUGAGUUAAUUUAUUUUGAUUGCAAUAUACAUUAACCAACCCUGUUUAAAAUUCUAAAAAAAAACGGGUAUAAAAAUAGCGUUUGUAAAAAAAUAGUUAUGUUAGAUAGGAAGUAUAUUGUAAAAAAAGAAUAAAAUAUUAAAAAAUGGAAAUUAUA